AUGCCACUCGACGACACGAAGUUGGUGAAGCAGCUCGAGGGGCCAAUGCCGUGGAUAGGAGCGUAUGCAGCCAUGGCGUCAACGCUCUGCACGCUCGCCAUGGCUGCCGACAUCUUCCACGGACUCCGGAGCAGGAAAUACUGGUUCCCAUCCAAAUACUUCUCCCUAAAUUCCGCCUUCCUGUCGUUGCUGGCAGUGGCGAUGAAGCUCCCAGUGGAUCUCACCACCAAGAUGUACUCUGUCACAGACCGUCUCGCGAAGGUCAGCAGCCUCGCCUUCAUGUCAGUCGUCAUGGCAAAUUUCUUGACGUCCCUGGGGUCCAUGGACAACAAGAGCUUAGUGACGAACGUGCUGGCUCUAAGCAUUCUGGUGAUCACCAUCGCGGGGAACGUGUGCAUCCAGAUCAUCCAAAUGCGGUCCUAUCUCAACGUGAGGCGCAUGUUUCUGGAAGAAUCUGUGGCUAUGGGGUUGAUGCUGUUGUUGCUGAUCAUGGUCAUGUCAUCCGCUCUCACAAUCAUGUCCACCAAGCAGUAUCUCGAGGCGAGGUACCAUGACACGCGUAACUCAGCAGUGGCCGAAGAAGAAUCUUUGGUCGAUGUGAGGAGGGAAAGCACGACGAAACUGAGGGUGUUGAUCAAGAAAUACUGGGUGAUGGCGGAGACCAGUAGCCCUCAAUUCGUGAUAGCUCGUUCCGUGACAAGCACUGUGUCAGGCAUCGUGAGCUUGACCAUUGCUGUUAUUCUGGUGGAGGCCGUGGUAUGGAUUGCGAUCCGGGAGGGGUUAUUUGAUCAGACGCUUUCAAGUUACAAGGAGUCAACAAUAGGGGUUGUGCUGUCGCAUACUAUUGGAGUGGUCGUGGGUACCGUUGCUCCGGCAUCAAGAUGGCUCGUCGCCAUAAGGUAUAGAACCUCAACCAGCUGCAUAAGCACAGUGAAAUAUGCAUUAACUGUUGAGGAUUACUGGACUCUGAAGCUGGUGGAAUGGAGACAGAGGUCAUUAUCUGCAAAAAUCCAACAUCUAAAAAGUAGAAAAAUACUCCAUGCUCUCAAAGGACUAAUUCUGGAACUCAGCAUUUCUACUCAACAUCUAAUUGUUCGGGCGAGCAAACUAGUCCUCGCUGUCUCCACCUGCGCGACAAAGCCAAUCAAAUCCUGCCUCGAUUACAUCACAAGUUCAAGGGGGAGGCAAGUUUCUGACGAGGUGGACCUCAGGCGCUACGUUAUUCAGCUCGAUGGAGAGGCAGAGCUGCCAGCAGAAACACUGAGCAACAUCCUCAAAGAGGUGGAUGCAAACAUCAAAAGAGGUCAGAAGAGGAAAACAAGAAACCUAUUGAAUCUACUGUCCAAAUCUCACAACUUCAAAGGGGUGACGGAAUUUGACAGCAAUCAAGUUCCGCCUCUGCAUCCUCAACAACUCCCUUAUUGCUGGUCUCUUCCUGUUGCCACUCUGGCCUGCAUUGCACAAACGAUCCCGAAUGUGGAAAGGGAGAAAUCCAAAAGCCUGAUUCGCGGAGUCAUUGAAGGGCUCCGCUAUGUGAAGUUCAUAGACAAACUACUAGACAGUAAAAGCCAGUUAGCAAAGAUAAGAGCAGCAGCAGACGCAGUGACCAUAGACGUUGAGUUUCGGCAGAACAAGGAUCUCAGUGAGAAAUCAUUGAGAGGGAAGAAUGCAGAAGAAAUACUAAACCAGUUCCAUCAAGAUUCUAAAGCAAAGGUCGACAAGUUCGUGACUAAUUCCAAAUACUGCCUACUGCAAAACCGAGCAUACUGGACCCCGGAGGCCAUUGCAGACAACGCAAUGUACAGGAUGAGCAAAACAAUUCUUCUCAACCACGGAGGCAACAAAACUCAUGAGCAACUGUUCGAGACAAUAUCCAUCAUGAUUGCGGACAUACUGGCCGCGUGCCUCACGAAUCUACCCCGAGCAAUCACCAUCAAAUGCCACCGUGAUGCCAUUGAGGAGAGGGAGAAGGGUGUGCGAAAAGCAGCUAAAUAUCUAGGUGAAACGGUGGAGAUCAUUGAACUACUACAGCAACGCGAAUUUCCUAUCCUCGAUCCUAAUAAGGCAGCUUACAUCGAAGAAUGGCGAGCAUUGAUCGGACUGGAAGACAGGGACAAUCUACAUGAACAGGGGAAUUGCAUUUCCAUCAACAUUGAGGAUUAG